AUGGAGAGCAAAGUCAAGUUCGCGGAGGACCCCCGGCCUCCUAAGCUGCAACGUACAGAGGAUGCAGCAGCAGAUGCAGCAACAGCAGCAGCAGCAUCAGAAGCUGAACCGCAGGCAGCAGCAGCAGCAACAGCAACAAAGACGGAAGACAGCAGCAGCAGCAAUGUAGAGGAUAAAGAAGCCUCCUCCUCUCCCACCAACGCCUCUACUCUUUCGCCAUCAAGCACCAACAGCAGCAGCAGCAACAGCAACAGCAACAGCAGCAGCAGCAGCAGCAGCAAGAAGGAGCUAGAAGCAGCAUGGGAGGAAACAGAGUAUAAUAAUUGGCGAGUUAAUUCACAAGUUUUAUACGACGUAUUAUUGAAUGUUCCUCUUGAUUGGCCUUCUCUUACUGUACAAUGGUUACCAGGAAUUACACCAUGCUCCACAUCAUCAGUUGUAAAACAACGGCUGCUUCUUGGCACACACACCAGCGGCGAGGAGCCUGAUGCCUUGAUUGUUAUGCAAGUGGAGCUGCCAGUGGGCCCGUUCGAUGACCAGCAGACAAACGAAUACAAAGAGAGAGGCGACUAUGAGGGUUUCCACUAUGGGCUCUCUUCUUACAAACUUAAAGUCGUUAAGAGGUUGCCGCAUCCGCGGGAGUCUAACUGCGCGAGGUAUAUGCCUCAACGUCCCGCGAUAGUUGCCAGUUGUGCGGUCGACGGCAGAGUUCUGCUGUACAAUUUGGAGGCUGAGGGGGUUUGCGAGGGUCCCGAGGCUGCGUUGGUUGGAAACAAAGGCGAAGCGACCUGCUUGAGCUGGAACCCUAAUCGUGAGGGGCAGAUCGUCGCCUGCGGGUCUGAGGGUUCGUGGGCGGUUUAUGAUGCUGCUGCUACUGCGCUGAAGGAAAAAUCACCAGAUGGGACCCCUGGUUCUCGCGUAGGAGAAAGGAGCGCGCGUUUUAAUUCUUGCUGCUGGGCAGCAGCAGAUGUCUUCUUGAUAGCACAAGAAGAUAGCAUUGUUUCUCUAUGGGAUAUUCGUCAGGACACAUCUAAGCCAUCUGGGGAGAUGUUGAAUUUAUACGAUUGGCGUCGUUUAGAUAUUCCAUUGCAUGCAGUGGAGGCAUCAACAGAUCAUGGUGUAUCUUUUUCUUCUUUUUCUUCUUUUCUUCCUUCUGUUUGUUUAUCUGGAGGAAAUAAUAAAUUUAUUUCUUUAUGGGACUUUAAUCGUGUAGGAGAAGAACAAGAUCCAGAGGAUGCAGAGGAUGGACCACCAGAGCUUCUUUUCACCCAUGGCGGGCAUCGUGCGGAUAUUUAUGAUGCGUCAUGGAACUGUGAAGAAAGGUUCCCACAGAUGGUCGCUUCUGUUGCCAACGACAACAGACUACAUAUUUGGCAACCGAAAUCAUCCGUCUUCUUUGAGAGUGACAGCGAGGAGGAAGAGGACGCAGAUCAGCUCGAAGUCCUGUGGAUCCUCUACUCCCUUCCCUUCGUCCCCAAAUCGCUAAUCUAA